AUGAGGUUUGGGCAUAUGUUGGUCGACAAGCCCUACGGUCUCACUACCGGCGUUAACAUAAUCCGCCAUAGAAUUUACCCGUUCCGGGAAGGAGAGAAGAGGUGGUUACCGCUGAUGAGCAUGAUACUUCCGGUGAGCAUCCGGUGCACCACUUGUGCCAAUCACAUGCCCCAAGGCACCACUUUGACCUAUGUAAGACGCCGCGCCCUCUCCAAGACUUCUUUGGGAGCUCCAAUAGUUACAUUUUUCUUCAAUUGUACCAAAUGCCGGGCAAAUAUCCAGAUGAAGGAAGACCCAGAGAAUUCAGGCCAUGUUGUUGAGGAUGGUGCUGCAGAAAUUUUUGAACAUGAGAAAUCAGAACACCUUGGAAAGAUUGGUGAUGAAGAUGGUUUGGAUCAUGAAACAUCUUACUCUAAUUUGAAGAAAUCAGGGCAUCGUCGAAAGAUUCGUGAUGGAGGUGGUUUAGAUUAUGAAGCGUCUGACUCUGAUUUGAAGAGACAAAAGCUUAUGAUUGGGCUUCCUAGCAACCCAACAGACGUGUUCACUAUUUCGGAUAGCUCAAGCACUGAGCAUCUUUGCUAG